GGCAAAGGUAAUCAGGCUCUACUCCUCUGCCAGUAAAUGCAUCAUAUCUUGCAAUUACUACCCAACCAAAAAUUGCCACUUGUACAAGAAGGUGUUCAAUGACUAAAUUAUCCUCACACCUAAGAAGUAAGGUACUAACCAAGUGUCAAACAAAGAGGUUUAUAGCUGAGUGGUGUGGGCCUAUUGGGCAAGUUAUAUCUGACCCGGCCCAUUAUUUCGGACUUGGGACAUUGAUAACCCCGCCUUCUACUGAGAAAAAGUGCUGGAUUUUUGCUGUUUGCUGUUUGAUUUUGGGCAUGGUUUCUCGGCUCUUAACUCAACUGGGAUGAAGAAGUAAGCUGCAGUUGAUAUGAAAGGAAUACGGUAAUUGUUGAAUCUAACAAUGGUCUCUUUGUGGAGCACGUAUCAACAUCCCUCACCAUUUUUGACAACCUUCCAUCAAGAAGAAUCAUUGCUUCUGUCAAACUCCCUGAUUACAAAUCUGGCAAGUACCUUUAUGAGCAAGUAAAAACAGCUGUUGGUCUGAACUAUCCUCUGCUAUUUACUUUUAUGUAGCCAUUGAUGGUCCCAGCAUUAUUUUAGGACGAGAAGCUAGAUACUUGACAACUUCUGUAACAUUUGUAAAUGAUAUUGCUGGUGUCAGCGGUCAGCCUGACAGAGCCAAGUUGCUUUGAUUAGUAAUUCUGCCAUUGAGAAUACAUGUGUUUAAUGAUUACUGUGUUUUUAGACUCUCGAGCAUUACAUUGGGUUAUGAGUCAGGCAAUGCAGCAUUUGGAAUCAUCAAAAUCAAUUGCACAGUAAGUGUUAUCCAUUCUCAAGAAGGAUUUGGAUGUUUCUCAUGGAAAAUAGUGAGUGUUUUUCCCAUACCAAGUUGCCAGAGUAUAAGAGAUGUAGAGUCUCUGCUGUUCGUGAUUAUCCUUUAGGGUGUGGACCAUUUGCUCACUUGAGUAAUUUGAAUGCCAAUGCUACGGACAAGAAAUAUCUUCCUCAAUCAGUAGAAGCUGUUCGAGAGUUUCCUCCUUUCUGUGGGAUAAAUGCUUCUCCUGAGGCCAGGAAAUUCGGCCAAGAGAAGUCAGUUAGGGAUUACAAGUCAUCAUCAUCAAAGACAGUGAAGACUAAUGUGAAACAAACAGGACUUGGGAACAAAUUUCAACCUAACACUGAGAAGAAAAUUGGAGGAAAGUCUCUAAAGAAGAAUCAUCAUGUACCAGUAAGGGCUGCUUGUCAAGGUACAAUUCAACUUGAUAUAAGGAAGGAGUAUUAUCAGCGUGAUGAAGAAGAACACAAUCAUGUGAUUCCAAAAUCAUGGAGUACAGAUGGGUGCCCUCCUCCUUUUGGUUGUAAUAGUUCAAGCCGCAGAAGUCAUGAUAAUGACACAACUGAGAGAAACAAGGUAAAGGAGAUAUUGCAUAUGUUCCAAGAUGAAUGUGUAAAGCUCUUGCUGGAGGAAGAACAUAAAAGAUCAAAGGGAGGAGGAACUUCUCUCCGAAGGGUUGAUUUGGAAGCCUUUAAGAUCCUCAAGGAUAGAGGAAUCUUUGUAAAAUCAGGCAAACAUGUCAUAGGAGAUAUCCCAGGAGUUGAAGUUGGUGAUAAGUUUCAAUACCGAGUGGAACUUAUCCUUAUUGGCCUACAUCACCAGAUUCAAGGUGGUAUAGCUUAUGGGAACUUCGGUGGUAAGGUCCUUGCAACCAGUAUCGUUGCAUCUGGUGGCUAUGCAGAUGAUUUGCAUAGUAAGGAUUCGUUGAUCUAUACUGGCCAGGGAGGAAAUGCAAAGAAUACAAAGGGCCCUCAAGAUCAGAAGCUUGAACGGGGAAAUCUUGCUUUAAAGAAUAGUGUGCAAAAGAACCCUGUCAGAGUGAUCCGUGGCUCCGAACUAUUGGAUGGAAGCAGGACAUAUGUCUAUGAUGGACUAUAUUUGGUAGAGAAAUAUUGGCAGGAAAGGGGGCCUCUUGGUAAGCUUGUUUUCAAGUUUCAGAUGAACAGAUUUGGAGGCACUGGAAAGUGACGUGCGAGAUGCAUGCUCGAACUUGGAUAUACAAAGAAGAAUGGCCAGUCAGUAUUUGAACCAUGUAAAAGAGCUACACAGAUGUUUGUGAAUCAGAUUUGCCUGCAAUGUAAGGUGUUUCUGUGUGACAGGUAGGGUAGAUAAACUGACUUUUGAGAAGAACUUGACAGUGAGGCAUAGGUGUAUUGUCUAGAUAGAGCAAAGCUUGUUAACGAUGUAAUUAGGUCUAAAUUUGAUAUGUGCCAUGGUACGAGACGGGGUUAGUAUAAA